AUGAAUCCUAAAUGGAGAGAAUGUUUGAGGGCAGAGUUUGAAAAAGACUAUUUCAAAAAUAUAAAAACAUUCCUACACUGUAACAAAAAUCAUCUACCUCCAAUAGAAAACAUAUUCACAUUCACCCAAUAUUUCUCUUUAGAAGAGACAAAAGUGGUUAUUGUAGGACAAGACCCUUACCACAAUGAUAAACAAGCGAUGGGAUUAUCUUUUUCUGUACCCACUGGAGUUCCCAUUCCACCUAGCCUAUUGAAUGUUUUUAGAGAGAUAGAGACUGAUUUGCCAGGCUUUAAUAUCCCACAACAUGGUGAUCUUACCAAUUGGGCUAAGAGUGGUGUACUUCUUUUGAAUAGUGUUCUUACUGUAGCAAAACAUGAUCCAAAAUCACAUUCUGAAAUUGGUUGGGAGGCUUUUACCAGCAAAAUUCUUGAGCUUGUAAAUGAGAAAUGUGAGCAUGUUGUGUUCAUGCUUUGGGGUUUUCUAGCUAAGUGUAAAAGUCACCUAAUUAACAAAAAUAAGCAUCUUGUUCUUGUUUCUGGCCACCCAAGUCCAUAUAGUGAACAUAGGUUUUUUGGGUGUAAACAUUUCUCUCAAGCAAAUCAGUAUCUAAUAGAACACGGAAGGGCACCUAUCAAAUGGUAA